UGGCAGCAAAAAAAGAUUUAGACAAAAAGAUCUUGGAUUUAGGUAACAUUUUAUGUAUUAGCAAAUUCUCUGUAUAUGAAACGUUCAAUUUUAUGUAUAGGGAUCCUCCAUAUAGUACGUACGCCAAAAUUGAAGACCACUUCCCCCUUUUAGCGUGAGUACUUUAUGGACAGCCCCUUAGUAAGUAUUUUCCCUUUCUUUUUUUCAGAAAAGAAAGCUUCGCUGUUAGUGGAGGAAUCUGAGGCCGAAUCAAAUGAUAAUGAUUCAGCGCUAUCGGUACCAGUGGUACCAGUCCUACCGGCACCAGCAGUACCAGUCCUACCGGCACUAGCAUAUCCAGCUUUACCACUAGAGAAAGAGUUAUCGUGGAUUGAAUUUGAGGCAUGGCGCCGUGUUCACCCAGGCCCAAAAUCCAGUUUUCCAAAAUCAUUUUUGGGCUGGAAAUGGUGGCCGCGACCUGCCAUCGUUUGGGUGGAAUCUAUCCCGCAGAAGAAGAUUCCAAAGUGUUGGAGGUCGUGGCAUCGUUAUUAAUAAUUAUACCUAUUAG